GGAGGAAUGUGAGCGGAGUGGUCUGGGCUUUGCGGUCCCUCCAUUGGGCUCAGGGGCGGGCACAAAGAUGCUUAGGCUGGGCUAUGCCAAGCCUAGGUCCUGGGCCAGCUUCUGGGCCAUCCUGACCUUGGUGGGCCUGGCUACCCGUGCAGCUCAGAGAGCUGAUGUUGGUGGGGAGUCAAUGGGCACCUCCAUCAACCACUCCCAGAUGCUGUUCCAGCGCUUGCAGGAGCUGCUGCGGCAGGGCAACGCCAGCGAUGUAGUUCUGCGGGUGCAGGCUGUGGGCACCGAUGAGGUCCGAGUCUUUCAUGCCCACCGCCUGCUGCUGGGCCUGCACAGUGAGCUGUUCCGGGAGCUGUUGAGCAACCAGAGUGAGGUGGUGCUGCAGGAGCCCAGGGACUGCACUGCUGUCUUUGACAAGUUCAUCAGGUACCUCUACUGUGGCGAGCUGACUGUGCUGCUGGCCCAAGCCAUCCCCUUGCACAGGCUGGCCACGAAGUACCGCGUGGCGUCCCUGCAGCGGGGCGUGGCCGACUACAUGCGCGCGCACCUGGCGGGUGGCGCGGGCCCGGCGGUAGGCUGGUACCACUACGCGGUGAGCACUGGUGAAGACGCCCUGCGCGAGAGCUGCCUGCAAUUCCUGGCCUGGAACCUGUCGGCCGUGGCGGGGAGCGCCGAAUGGGGCGCGGUGAGCCCGGAGCUGCUAGGGCAGCUCCUGCCGCGCUCGGACCUGGUGCUACAGGACGAGCUGGAGCUGUUCCACGCACUGGAGGCGUGGCUGGGCCGCGCAAGACCGCCGCCCGGCGUGGCCGAGCGGGCGCUACGCGCCAUCCGCUACCCCAUGAUCCCGCCCGCACAGCUGUUCCAGCUGCAGGCGCGCUCGGCGGCUCUGGCGCGCUACAGCGAGGCCGUGGCUGACCUGCUGUUACAGGCCUACCAGUUCCACGCCGCUUCGCCGCUGCACUACGCCAAGUUCUUCGAUGUCAACGGCAGCGCCUUCCUGCCCCGCAACUACCUCGCGCCCGCCUGGGGCGCCCCGUGGGUCAUCAACAAUCCAGCACGCGACGACCGCAGCACCAGCUUCCAGACGCAGCUGGGCCCGAGCGGCCACGACUCCGGCCGUCGGGUCACGUGGAAUGUGCUCUUCUCGCCGCGCUGGCUGCCGGUCAGCCUGCGGCCUGUCUACGCAGACGCUGCGGGCACUGCGCUGCCCCCUGCACGCCCCGAGGACGGACGGCCGCGGCUUGUAGUCACGCCGGCCAGCAGUGGCGGCGAUGCGGCGGGUGUGAGCUUCCAGAAGACGGUGCUGGUGGGGGCGCGCCAGCACGGCCGCCUGCUGGUCCGCCACGCGUACAGUUUCCACCAGAGCAGCGAAGAGGCGGGCGACUUCCUGGCGCAAGCCGACCUGCAGCGGCGCAACUCGGAGUACCUGGUGGAGAACGCCCUGCACCUCCACCUCAUUGUCAAGCCCGUCUACCACACCCUCAUCCGUACCCCCAAGUAGCCAAGUGGGACCAGUGGGUGGGGAGCUAGGCGUCCGGAACGCCUUCGGAUUGGGAAAUGAAGGCCUGGGUUCGGAGGGCCUGGGAGGGACCCGGCAAGUGGAGGUGCGUACACUGGCCCCCUGGGUGGCCAGGCACUGACUGGGUGGAGGCCAGGUGAGGACUGGUAGACCAGAUGCCCAACUUCAGGAGCUGAUUUCACAGUUGACUUGAAGGCAAUGUCCUUGGUUGAAUAAACCGCUGCUCAGAGAGGCGAGGGGAUGAUUG